AUGUCGUCUGUUCCUCCUUCCAAGCGGCAAAAGCUCGAGCACACCGGUUCAAUCGCAAAUCCAAUCUGCCUCUCCGACGACGAAACCGAUUCCGAAGCAGGCGAUUCCAGCUCGACCGCCUCUGAGCCAGACUCUCUUCAGGAAUUGCUAUCCUUUCUCGAUCACCUCAACCGCGAUGAGCACCUAGCAAAGGUCAUGGAAGAUGUGAGAAUGGCCAAGAGCUAUCACGAUGUCGUCAAAGAUGAGCUGGAAAUUUACCACGGCAAUUUCUCGAUGAUUCGCCAGGAGAUCGCGCACGCGAAUGAAUUGUCCGAGAUGGUCGAAAGUGACGAAGAAGAUGACGAUGAUACUGCUUCCCGGGGAAAAGCAGCUACCUUGCAAUAUGAGAUAGACCGUGCCCUUGGAGAUCGCCUGAUUGCACGCGCAUUCCACUCUCCGGAACAGAUCCAGCGGUUGUUGCGCAUCCCUGGUCGCAUCUGUGUGUAUGCCAGUCAGCUAUCCGAAGCACUAGGUCGAUGGACCCGGGCCUUGGAGGAUCUCUGCGGUCUGUGGGAGACAUUCAUAGAGAUCCACGACGCAAUGACAAAGCCAGGGCCAAGCUCAAUGCCUCUGAAGAUUCGAAAGUUUUGGGGGGAUGGACACUUGUGGCACGACUUGGAGUUGAUUGAAGAACGUGUGCAGACUGCUGAGAUACAAGUGAAUGAGCUUGGAGAGGCAAUUCUCGAGGAAGCCGACGCCUAUGAAAGACAGCACUGA